AUGUCAGGCGUUAAAGGUAAGCAGUCUAUGCUUCCGCCCAUAAAUCUUAUAUUCAAAUACCUUCAGCAGCAGGCCCUUGUCACAAUUUGGCUUUACGAGCAAACACAACUGAGAAUUCAGGGCAAAAUACGUGGGUUUGAUGAGUUCAUGAAUGUCGUUGUGGAGGAUGCCGUGGAAAUAUCUACCACCGAUGGCAGCAAAGAAGAGCUAGGUAUGAUAUUGCUCAAGGGAGACAAUAUAACAACAGGCCUCCUCAAAAUGGUCGACCUGGUGGUGGACCUCAUGAAGAGCAACAGAGAAAUCCUCAACAAGCGCGGAUGGAAGGCGUUGAACUUGGCUAAUGACAUAUUCGGUUUCAACGGUUGGUCCUCUGAACUAAUAAGUGUGUCUGUCGACUUCUUAGAUGUGCAUAACAACGGAAGAGUCUCUUUAGGUCUCUCAGUCGUUGCCAGGAUUACGCUCAAGGAUGGAACUUUCCACGAAGAUUUCGGCUACGGUUUCAUUGAAAACGCAAAGAACAAGGCGAUGGCCUUUGAGAAAUGUAAAAAAGAGGCAUUCACAGAUGGAUUAAAGCGUUGCCUACGAUGCUUCGGAAAUGUUUUGGGUAAUUGUCUCUACGACAAGACCAUCAUCGCAAAGAUGCAGAAAGUGAAGGCUCCACCCCGUGAAUUGGAGCCUUCAGACUUCCACAGAGACCCGUUGGUUCUUAAGAGAGAAACCCAUCUCCAGCAAAGACGUCAACAAAACGCGGCACAGCAAGCCCCGGCUCCUCAACCAAAAAAUAUCACGAAUGGCCCUGCAAGAAUACAAGAUCAUAAUAUGCUGAGAAGCGUGUCUGCUCCUCCAAAACCACACGGGAAAGCCGGACCACUGGCUAUUAAGCCUAGCGAUUUUAAGGAUCUUGAUGAUCUGUUCCAAUUCAGCGAUGAGUUAGGAGAAGAAGAAUUGAAUGACCGUUUAGACGAUUACGAACUUCAACUCUUGAAGAAUAAAGAGGAGGAAUCGAAGCAAGAAAGUGACCAAUCAAUGAGGUCUGAUGAAGCUGAUGACACCAAUGGUGCCACGCCCAGCCAAGUUUUCUUCACGAGCUCCAAAAAGGCUUUGGAUGUUCAGAAGAGUCAGGAUCCAAACAGCAUACCAGUAUACGACCAUAAGUUCAUUUCAUCCGGGGUUCGUCGCACAAUUGAUCCUUCAAAGUCAGUGAAGGUCCGUCGUUCAGAUACCGCCCCACAGACUCCUCCAGCAGGUACACAGUCAAAUGUGCCCUCACCGCAGUUGGGCUAUGGACCUGGAAAACGCCCAUUGGGCAUGCCUCCUGGUCAGCGCCAGCCGUUGAAGAGGCUCCACAAGGAUUCCGAUGACGCUGAAAAAGAAAACAAGGCCGUCAAAUAA